CCCACUCCUUCCCUGGGGCGCGCAUGCGUACUGAGCGGGCCCCGUCUCCUGCUGCACCAGCGACAGCGGCAAGAGAGGCUUGGUUGGGACGGGGAGCGGCGGAGGGCAAAUGGAGGCUAUGGGGUCGCAGCAGCAGCAGGGGCGGAAGAGGGUCCCCAACCGCGAGAGGCCCGCCGCAGCAGAAGAGGAUGCGCUCAAUCAGAUCGCGCGCGAGGCUGAAGCAAGACUUGCAGCAAAACGUGCAGCACGAGCUGAAGCACGAGAAAUCCGGAUGAAGGAACUUGAGAGGCAACAAAAGGAAAUCUAUCAGGUCCAAAAGAAAUAUUAUGGUCUGGACACAAAGUUUGGUGACAUCGAGCAGUGGAUGGAAGACAGUGAGCGUUACACCCGUAAAUCCAGAAGAAAUGCCUCGGCUUCGGAUGAAGAUGAGCGCAUGUCAGUGGGUAGCCGUGGAAGCCUCCGGAGUGACUUGGACUAUGCCAGUGCCUACCCAGUGGCUUCCUGUUACUCUGACCUUAGUCUUCAUUGCACUGGUUUUCCUUCCAAAUCCCAAUCUUCUUCUCACAAUGGAAAUCGGCCCUCCUUGUUGUACAGUGAUGCUCUGCCUGCCAGAAGCUACAGGGCAUCUCUGUAUGAUGAGAACUUUAACAGUGGGACUCGUCGGUAUAGUGCUUCUAGCUCACGUCCUCCUUCGGAGUACAGUUGCUACCUUGGCUCAGGAUCCCGAGCUUCUUCUAGAGCAAGUUCUGCUCGUGCAAGUCCUGUGGUUGAAGAAAGGCCUGAAAAGGACUUUGAGAAGGGAGUUCGUACCGUGUCAAGUUUGUCAGCAGCUACACUGGCCUCUCUAGGUGGAACUUCUUCCCGGCGAGGCAGCGGAGAUACCUCAAUUUCAGUUGAUACUGAAGCAUCUAUCAGAGAAAUUAAGGAUAUCAAUGAGUUAAAGGACCAGAUUCAGGAUGUACAAGGAAAAUACAUGCAGGGAUUGAAAGAAAUGAAGGACUCCCUAGCUGAAGUUGAAGAGAAAUAUAAAAAGGCUAUGGUGUCAAAUGCCCAAUUAGAUAAUGAGAAAACCAAUUUCAUGUAUCAAGUAGACACCUUAAAGGAUGCAUUGUUGGAACUAGAAGAACAGCUUGCAGAAUCCAAGAGGCAAUAUGACGAGAAAAGUAAAGAUUUUGAGAGGGAAAAACAUGCUCACAACAUAUUGCAGUUCCAGUUCAUGGAAGUCAAAGAGGCUCUGAAGCAAAGAGAAGAACUACUUGCAGAAAUCCGACAACUGCAACAGAAACAAGAGGGCUAUGUCAGGGAAAUCUCUGAUCUUCAGGAAACAAUAGAAUGGAAAGAGAAAAAAAUAGGGGCAUUAGAGAGACAGAAAGAGUUCUUUGAUACCAUAAGAAGUGAGCGAGAUGAUCUUAGAGAGGAGGUGAUUGUGCUGAAGGAACAAUUGAAGCAACAUGGAAUAAUCCCCAACUCAGAAGUAGCUACCAAUGGAGAAACCUCUGGUGGCCUACAUAAUGAUGGACUAUCAAAUUCUUCCAAGAUGGUUCCAGGCACAAGUCACACCCCUGAGGUACCUGUGGAUGGUACACUAGGCAGAGCCAAUGAAGUGGAGAUGAAAAAUGAGAAUAUGGGGAAAAGAGAAAUCUUGCAGAAUACUGAGCAUGAGGAACACACAGAGGAGACUAAGGAGCAGGAAAUUGUACAGGAGUGUUCGGAGAUAAAGACGUUGCAUGCUGAUGAAAAGACGGAGGCAGAAAAAAUCACUGAUGACAAAGUUGUGCCAACAUUGGUAUUAAAUAGUGUACUUGAGGAACCAGCUGAAAUUCAUUCAGAGCAUGUUGCAGGAAUUGUUUAUUCCCCUGAAAGUAGUGAUGUAGUUGAAUUUAGAGUCGAAGGAGGGUCACUUGGUCAGACCACAGAAGUGAAAGCGUUGGAUGAAAAUGUUGUAAAUAAAACUAGUAAUCAAAGUAAAGAAACGGAUGUAGGUAUUGAGGUUGAUGAGACAAUAAAAACAGAUUUAGAAAUGCUUCCUCAAAAACAAAAUAAAGAAAAAGAAACAGAUACUGUAACUGAUGAGGGAGAAGACAACAAUAAUGAAAUAUUUCAGGAAGCUCUAGAUUUUGUGAAUGAUAGUCAAAUGGCAGUUUCCACUCACUCAGAAUCAUCAGACCUGGCAGAUGAUAUGCUCACACAAGCAUCAGCUAUUCAUUCUAAUACUGAACAAUCAGAGAACAAGAUUGUUGAGAGUGAUUUGCUUAUCAAAGAUGGAAGUAUUACGAUAGCUAACAAAGCACAGUGGGAUGAAAAUGAGGCUGGUGGAAUUGAUGGCGAGAAUGAGAUGGAAAAUGUACUUCAACAGCAAGAGAACAAAGCAGAUUCUGCAGUAGAGCAUAUAGAAACACCCUGUGCUGGGGAACAAACAUCAGAUAACCUUACAGAGGAGCAAAAACAAGUGGAAAUGGAAGAAUCUGAAUCCCCAUCUUCAAACACUGAUGCAUUCAACAAAGAGGAACAAAGUGAGCAACAUAUGGGAGCAAGUGAAGAUAAUGGUGGAAAGAGCCUUGCUAAAGGUACUGAGCAGGAAGAAACUGUAGUAGGAAUGCUGGAUGAAAAUGUAUUUUCUGAGAAAAGUGAUAAGCAAAAUACCAUGACAGAGGUCCAAACAGAAGACACUGUUGUAGACAGUGUUAAACACAAUGAGGAAAAGAGGUUAGAGCUAGAGGAUGACUCUGGAAAAUGCAGUGAAAUAAAACCAGAAUGUAUAAAUGCUGGCAAAGCUCUGGGCGACAUCCUAACAAAACAUGAAGAAGGUGUUGCUGAUAGUCAAGAUAAUGAAACACCUACAGACGAACAAAGAACAGAAAAACAAGAUGACAGCAUUCCAGAAGUGGAUGUAGCUGCAAGUAUGGUAAUAGAAGAUGUUGAAGAUGUAUGGAGGGGGAAUGAAGAGGACACGAAUCACAGAAAAACAAAAGAAAAAGUUACAGAAGUUUUGCCAGAUGUUGAGGCUGCUGAUCUGAAGUCUGAGAAAGCUGAAUUCGGUGAUCAAAAGAGAGAGUCUGACAGUGAAGAAGAACAUUUGGAAGAAUAUCAUGAAGCAUCUGAUUUCAGUGAGUCGUCUUUUGGAGAACUAAAAGAUAGUGAAAGAAAUGAAAACCAGGGUAAUGAACUGGAGGCAAAUAAUCACAAAAAACAAGAGACACUUGGGACUGCAGAAAGUGCAUUGCACCAUGAAGCCUAUGACAACAAAUGUAGAGAGAACGAAAGACUUGCUGGAGAAGAUAAAAAGGAAAGCACCUCCCAAAUCUCAGCAGAUAAAAUGGGAAGUGAGAACAUGUUGACCGAAAGCAAAAAUACACAGCAGCAGAAAGAAGCAGAACCUUUGCAAACUGAUACUUCCAUUGCUGAGCCACCAGAGGCCCAAUGUGAGAUGUCAGAAGACACCCACAAAAAGAUAUUAGACAAAAUCAGUUCAGAACAAAUUGCUGAAUAUACAUCAGAGCAGUUGGAAAAGCUAGGGGUAGCUGAGUAUGAAAACCAAUUGGAUGCACAGGUGGGUAGGAAGGGUAAAGGUAAAUCUCGGGAAGAUUGUGUUAUAUCAUAACUUUAGAGCCAAGUUAUCAUUGCAUAUUAUACACAGCCAUCUGAUAUGUUACAAAGCAAAGGCACUUUUAUAUAAAAGAUUAAAGACACUGUCUAAUUUGUAAUCUUCAUCAAUAAUAAAUGCAUAUGAACGUUUUUGUACCUCAGGUUUACUCACUGUUUAUUGUAACUAAACAAAGCUAUUAAUAAUACUAAUUCCUAAUGAAGUGCUUCUUUAUUUGCCACCAAGAUGACAAUAUAAUAGUUGAUCUUUUCAGUAUUUUAAUGACUGCCAGGAUUUGAAAGUUAUUAGGAACUGAUCACUUGUAGGAAACAUACUAGUUAAUGGUCAGACACAUUUACAUUUGACCCCAUUUCUUACAAAGCACUGUAGCUUCAACAUCCUUUUAAAAUGCUGAUAGUUUGUUGGAAAGUAGUAAAAUUGUAUCUUGUGCAUGUAUCUUGGUACAUUCCAAAUUAAAGUCACUUGUAUUGUCAAAAGAUAGGCCUGUUACAGACUGCCAAAAUAAAGCUGCUUCGGGUCUCUUUGGAGGUAUGCUGUUUAAAUGAUGC